AAGUUGGUGCAAAAUCCUUAUUGACCACAGAUGGAAUUCAGUAAUUUAUAUUUCUUCGAAACAUAGAAAAACGGAAUAUUGGGAUCUGGUGGGGGGCCGGUGGCGGUCUGGGAGCGGCGCGCCAUGUACACCAUCACCAACGGGCCCAGCAAGCUGGUCGCGCAGCGCCGCACAGGUCUCACGCAGCAGCAGGUGGAGGGCCAGCUCCACGAGCUCCUGAAACGCCGGCAGCCCGCGCCGCCGACCUUGCAGCCCCAGCGGGCGCAGCCCUUCGCGCAGCCGCCGGGACCCUGGCCCCUGUCGAGUCCAGGGCCAAGGCUUGUGUUCAAUCGUGUGAAUGGCCGGCCGGCCCCCUCCAAGUCCCCAUCCCUCCAGGUGACCCAGGAGACCUACACACUGGCCCACAAGGAGAAUGUCCGCUUUGUGUCCGAAGGCUGGCAGCAGGUGCAGCAGCAGCUGGAUGGUGGCCCAGCCAGUGAGGGCGGGCCAAGGCCUGUGCAGUACGUGGAGAGGAUCCCCAAUCCCCGGCUGCAGAACUUCGUGCCCAUUGACCUGGACAAGUGGUGGGCGCAGCACUUCCUGGCUAGAAUCACCAGCUGUUCCUAGCGGCUGCUGGG